AUGCGGUUUGUGUUUGGACAGAGUCCCAGCCUGCGGGUGGCUGUGUGUGAGGUUCUCGGUGAGGUUCUUGUCCGGGUUUUGUCUGGUGAUAAGCUGGGUGAUUCUGCUCGUGCAAGUCGAGAUCGUUUCCUGGACACGCUGCAGGAGCACAUCCAUGAUGCCCACUCACAUGUCCGAGCACGUGUGCUACAGGUCUAUGCACGCAUUGUCAACAGCAAGGCCUUGCCGUUGUGCAGGUACACUGAAGUUAUGGAGCUGACCGUUGGGCGUCUGGGUGAUAAGUCUGUCCAUGUGUGUAAGAGUGCUAUCCAGCUGCUGGCUGCCUUCAUUGCUCAUAACCCUUACAGCUGCAAGUUGAGCAGUGUGGACCUGAAAAAGCCCCUGGAAAAAGAGAUGGCCAAAUUAAAAGAGAUGAGAGACGCUCAGAAAGAGCAAAUGCUCGUUGCAGUCAUCACAGCAGCUGAUCUUUGGGAUGCGAUGAAGCCUGAGGUAGAGAUGACUGUGAAAGCACAACUGGAGCCUGGCAGUGAGGAAGAGGAGGAUGAAAAAGAGGAGCAGACAGAGGGAAAGGAGGAGAGAAGCGACAGAGACACUGCUUUACAAAUCGCACAGCUUCUCCGGGAAAGCAAAUACAGGAAAGCUGUUGGUCUGUGCAUGCGGGCUCACUCCCUGUUCCCAGAGUCAUCAUUUUUCACAGAUCUGGCCGUCUUAAAUGCAGAAACCCUCAUCAACACACUUGCAACACUUUUCAAGGGUCCAGAGCAGGAGACAACUGAAGCCAUGUCAAGCGAUGCUCCACCCACCCCACAAAAAGAGGGUGGAGGGAAUGAAGGUGGAGAGAGUGAACUGAAGAAGCAGGAGAUGUUGGUUCAGUACUUGAAAGACACAGAGAGCUUCGCUCUACAAGUAGAAAGAGCCAUCGCUGUCAUUAACAACAUGCUGUACUGGAAAACCACUACAGUUGUGCAGGAGGCCGUGCAGUUCUGUGUCACAGCAUUUGAGUUUAGUGUGGCCGACUCCGUGUGUGGAGUCAGAAAGAUGCUGCCUCUUGUCUGGUCCACUGAUGUCACAAUCAAAGAUACCGUCAUCCAGGCUUACAGGCGCCUGUACCUCAACCCCCCCGGUGACAACACCAGGGCAAAGGCUCAGACUCUAGUGGAUAAUCUGUCAGAUCUGAUGAUCGAUGCUUCAUUGGGGACCGUCCAGUGUCUGGAGGAGAUUGUCCAGGAGUUUUUCAGCAGUGAGAGUGCCCUGCAGACUUCAGUGGUGCAGGUUUUGUGGGAGAGGUUCUCUGGUAAACGAGAGACUAAAGCACUUCACAGGAGAGCUGCAGUGCUAUUGCUGGGCAUGGCAGCACGUGCUGAGAGGGAGGUGGUUCUCAGUAAUUUGGACACACUCUGCUCUGUCGCUCUGGGUGAGAAGGUUGCAGAAGAUUAUCUGCUGGCUCGGGACACACUCAUCACCAUCGCUAACAUAACAGACCAUGUGAGGCAAUCCAAGGGUGUUCCCUUUAGGCUUCCUGUGGACCACCAUCUCUUUAGCUGUCUGUCCCAAGCCAUCGCUGAUGGAGUAGUCCAGUCCGACCCUCAUUGGCAGACCUUCAUGGAGCAGGCUGUCCGUCUCCUCUACUUUCUGGCAGAGUCCCCUGACCAGCUGUGUUCCCGCCUCCUCCAACGGUCUGCUCAUCUCCUAUUGGAACAAAUCACAGAGUGCGGAGAGCCCAACCAAUCACAACUGCAGGAAGGCGGGUCUCAGGGCUCUGAGGAGCAAGCGAAUUGCGUGAGCUUGGCACAGGUGCUGUCACUUUGUGGAGCUGUGGCCUUCUGGCAGGUGUCUCACCUUGAGAGAAGUGUUAGCUCUGAGCUACGGAGGAGGAGAGGAGAAAAGGAAGAGAAGGAGGAGAAAGAGAAGGCACCUGCCAACAAAAAGGAGGCUAAUGACAGUUGUGUGGAAGAGGAGCUCGGGCUAGUGGGCGCCUCGGCUGAGGACACUGAGGUGGAGUUUAUCCGCAAGAUCUGUGAUACUGAGUUAUUAGCUGAAGGGAACAUGUUGAGUGCAUUUUUGCCUUUGCUGGUGAAAGUUUGCAGCUCUCCAGGGAAAUAUUCCCACCCUCAGCUCACCACUGCUGCCUGCCUGGCUAUAUCUCAGUACAUGAUGAUCAGUCCUGCUGUUUGCAAAGACAACAUCCGGCUGCUGUUCACCGUGCUGGAAAAAUCCCCACUUCCUGUUGUCAGGGCCAACACAAUUGUUGCUCUUGGUGACCUAACAGUCCGCUUUCCCAACAUCCUGGAACCCUGGACGCCCAACCUUUAUGCCAGGUUGAGUGAUGAUAAUGCAUCUGUGCGGCUGACUGCCAUCAUGGUUUUGACCCAGCUGGUGCUGAAGGAUGUGAUGAAGGUCAAAGGUCAGGUCAGUGAGGUUGCAGUGCUUCUGCUGGACCCUGAGCCACACAUCGCCAGCCUCGCUCUCAACUUCUUCAACGAGCUCUCUGCGAAGGACAAUGCGAUUUACAACCUGCUGCCAGACAUCAUCAGCCGAUUAUCUGAUCCUGAACGUGGAAUGAAGGAGGAGGACUUCAACACCAUUAUGAAACAACUCUUCUCCUACAUCACUAAAGAGAGACAGACAGAGAGUUUAGUGGAGAAGCUCUGCCAACGAUUCAGAACUGCAAAGACUGAGCGUCAAUGGGCAGAUCUGGCCGUGUCUCUGUCCCUGUUGUCUGUGUGCGAGCGAGGAUUCAAAAAGCUGCAAGAGUGCUGGGACUGCUACAGUGAUAAACUCACUGAGCCUGGAGUCUAUCAGCCACUCCUGUCCAUUGCAGCCAAACUUCGUCGAAGAGCCAAAUCACAGUUCAAGGCGCAGGUUGAAGACUAUGAGAAGCGUUUGACAGCCGUUCACACUAAAGGGCUGGAGAAUGUGGAGAGCGAGGAGAAAGAACAGCAGAUGGGAGACACACAAAGUCAAAACAUGCAAACGCCGCAGCCACACAAGAGCGUGCGCAAAACCACACGAGGACGUGGCAAACCGAAGUUAAAUGACAGCGACCUCGUAACCCCAAGGAAAUCUUGCUCUCGUCCCAAACAUGCCAUCACCUUCACCAGUGAUGAAGAAGAGGAAGAGGAUGCUGUCAUGGCUGAGAGUGAGACGCCCAAAGUGACAACACCCAUCGCUCGCACGCGACGCACUCGUCUCAGACACUGAGCACUCUUUUUAAGAAUUUCCAGCUUUUUGAAAUACCUCUACCAUGUAAUUUGAUUUUAGACAGAUGAGGUCUGUGACUAUUUGUCAUUUUUAAAUGUUUAUUUUAGUUGCUGUCAAUAUGAUAUAUCUG